GUUGUUAGUACCUCGUAGGAAGGUUGUAUUGAACUGUUCACUGCUAUUCCCCACUGCCCAGUGUUUCUUUAACUUCCGUCUCAUCUUGACCACAACCAGGUGGUGAUCUGAAGCUAUGCUGAAUGUUCACACAUCUACAUAAUCAAUAGAAAUACCGUAAUUCAACGUGAAUAAACAUUAUAUACCACAAUCACAAGACUUAAAAUACGGUAUGGUUGUUUGAUUAAUUCAGUCCAACAGAGACUGGUUCGGGUGUAAAGCCUCGCGUGUGAUUCCCAAGGUCACUCUUCCCUGUAUCAUUUAUUAGGUAAACAACUGAGUAAGUUAUUCUACCUCUCAUUCCUUUUUAUUUUAACCAAUAAACGCCACCCCGAUUUGUAUGCUUGUGCUUGCCUGUUUUUUAAACUUUCAACAACCCUAGAGCGGUAUUUGAUACCAACUUAAGCAAACCUAAAUCUUAGCACACGCCGUCUGAAGUUACUCAUCAUCAAAGUAUAUUGAGUUUGUGUUAAAAUAGCAAAAUUUACUAAAUUGCCCCAAAAUUUUCCGUGAAUUACUCUAACUUUGGGCAAAACUACGGAUUUUCAUAAGACUUUGGGGAUAACCCCGAAAUUUUUCAUUGUUCCUUCCCCAAGGUUUUCAGAAAGUGGACAAAUUCUCUCACAAACUCUGACGAUUGGGAUGACACCAGAAAUUAUCCCAGUUUAAAGAGGUUCCUCUCAGUUUUAGUCAUUAAAAUUGCAUAUGGUCUGGGAUACUGCCCGGUUAACCAUACCGAAGCAAGUAAUGAUAAAAGACAGUUUAUGGCAUUGUGUUGUGGUAUUUAAUCGUUACGUGUCAACGUCUAACUGUCCUCCACAACUCCGUUAAUGGGAUUCUAGAGCUAUUGUUACACGAUUAAAUCAAUGUCUCACAAGCGUCCUGAGCACUCACUUCCUCCCGAACUGGUAAACUAUCGUAGUAUUCUCCCUUAUUUCUAGUACUAUAACAGUGAUGAGGCCAAAAAAUACAGUUCAAAGUGAGUUUCGUAUUUCUCUUUUUUUUGUAGUUCUCAUAUCAUUGAUAUUCAAACGCGUAUCACAGAACGGGCUUUAGAAUUACUUGCGUUGCCUGAAGAUGAAGCAUGCAUGGUUUUAGAUAUUGGAUGCGGCUCCGGUUUAAGUGGUGAAACUAUUACUGAGAAUGGUCAUCAUUGGGUUGGCGUUGACAUAAGUAAAGAUAUGCUUGAGGUUGCAUUAGACAGAGAAGUGGAAGGUAGUUUAGUACUUGGUGACCUUGGUUGUGGAUUGCCGUUUCGUGGUGGAUCAUUUGAUGGGGCCAUUAGCAUUUCAGCAAUACAGUGGCUAUGCAAUGCGGACAGAUCCUCUCAAAAUCCUAUUGCACGUCUAAGAAGAUUUUUCGUCUCGCUGUACAGCAGUCUUACUCGUGGUGCACGAGCAGUUUUACAGUUUUAUCCGGAAUCCAUAGUUCAAGCAGAUCUAUUGCAGAAUGAAGCUACGAGAGCUGGAUUCACAGGCGGUCUUGUAAUUGAUUAUCCUAACAGUACGCGAGCGAAAAAGUAAGUUUGAUUGAUUCAGAUGAUGUUACACUGUUAGGCCGUAGCUAAAGUUUAUAUUGGAAAUUUCUAAGUCAGGCAUCGCUUUCAGGGAUAACGUUUUUCAUCUUUAAGAGUGUUGACAAAAAGUAAAAUACUUUUCUGAACUCAAUCGCCUUUCGUAGAAUCAAUCUGUUAAAAUAUAGUUUGUCCAUAAUGUGGUAGUAAUUCUCUAUAUUUAAAGUUUAAGAUAUGUAUUGGGUAUAUAUUUAACCAUAGUUUAGCGUUUAAUAGUGUACUUCUGGUACAUUAGCAUUUCUUUUUCGACCCUUAUCCAUCUGUAAUAUCCAGGCUAAGUAUCUUUCUAAUUGCUAUAGAAUACUAGUACUUCAAUUUAUAUGUUAGUAUGAAAAUUCCGGGUCCAAAUUUAAACCAAUUUAAGCUACUUUAAAAAACUAUCACUAAUUGUUGUAAAGCGUGUGUGGUUUAAAGCUGGGAACAUAAAUCAGUAUUUUGUUACACUAUCCAUAGGUAAAUUCUCUAAUUGCACUUUAGAAAGUGGUAAUCACUCAGCACCAUCACAAUAAAAGCAUGCUGGCGAAGUAAAGUUUCAUGUACUCAAGUCCUAGGUACACUUUUUUGUUAAGGUUGUUAGUAAUAUCUGGCUAUUCAAACCGAGGCAAGUAGUGGGCCUUCAGCCACACUUCGGUUUCCCAAGAUCUCCAGUCGACCUGAAUGGCAAGUUAAUGUAAGUCCUCCAGCUCUUUACGAAGUUGAAAAAGCUAUAGGAAAUCUGAAGCAUAGGAGAGCAGCAGGCUCUAACAGGUUUACCCCUGAGAUUUUUAUUGAUAGAGGUCCAGUAUUAGCAGUGAGAUUGACUGAGGUUUUAGGUAGAAUCUGGGAACUGGACGUAAUUCCAUCUGACUGUUCUCAAUCACUGAUUGUACCUGUCUAUAACAAAGGACAAAAGUCCUGUGUGGCAAUCACGGAGGAAUCGGUUUGACUAGUAUCGUAUCUAAAAAAUUAGCUUCAAUAAUACUUCGACGCCUAACUAAAGCUCGUGAAGAGCAGAUUAGAGAAAACCAGACUGGUUUUCGACCUGGACAUUGUUGUAUAGACCAGAUAUUCAUACUACGUCAGGUCCUAGAACAUAGAUACACAUUCAGGCACUUCACAAUUGUAGUAUUUCUUGACCUUAAGGCGGCAUUCGACUCUGAUCGUAAGGUUCUAUGGCAGUGUUUGUCACUGAAAGGGGUACCAAAGAAGUACAUCAACCUUGUACAGGCUCUCUACUGGAACACAACUGGUAGAGUGCGAGCUUAUGGCGAACUGUCAUCAGAAUUGAUUACCUCAAGUGGUGUUCGUCAGGGCUGUCCACUCUCUCCAUCCUUGUUUAACUCUUUUUUAAUUUUAUUUUUUAUUUGAACACAUAAAUAUUAGUACAAGGGGGCACCAAAUAUAUAUACGCCACACUUUUUAACUUUAUCGUAGACGUGCUUUUAGAAAUGACGCUCUCCUUAUCUGACUUUCCAGGGGUUGAAUUUCUAACACGAGACUCACUUUUUUGACUUAAAAUAUGCCGAUGACAUAGUUCUAUUUGGUGAAGAAGCUGACAAAAUGCAGAGUCUUCUGACCACUAUAAGAACAAUGCAAGCAUGUUCGGGAUGCGAUUCUCCCCCUCGAAAUGCAAAAUGUUGUUUCAGGAUUGGGUUGUAUCGACACCCGAACUAAUGAUAGGGAGUGAAGUGGUUGAGCGUCACAAUUGAUUGAUCACUGGGUGGUGAUCAAUGUCAUGCUUGUCUAGUCCUUAUUGGUGUUGUCUACCUCCAACCACCAUCUAAAUUUCAAUAUAUAGUGGUUGAGCGUGUCGGCGGCUCCACUUAUAUUGGGAGUCUCAUCAUCCCUUUUGGUCUGGUGUGUGACGAAAUCUCAGCACGGAUACAGAAGGCUCGACUAGCUUUUACCAACUUGCGUCAUUUAUGACGUAGGCAAGAUAUCCGUCUACCGACCAAAGGACGGGUUUACUGCAUAGCAGUUCGUUCUGUCCUACUUUAUGGUAGUGAAACAUGGUCGGUAAGAGUAGAGGAUACUAGUAGGUUACUGGUAUUCGAUCAUAGGUGUCUUCGAAGCAUUACUCGUAUAUCCCUGGGACCACCGAGUAAGUAAUGUAGUUGUUAGGAAACGGGUACCAGGUAAAGAUGGCAAAUCAAUUGAUGAAGUAGUGAAACUUCAUCUGUUGAGAUGGCUAAGAUACGUGUUACGUAUGCCCAACCACCAACUGCCCCGAUGUGUGACUCUGCUUGUAAGCGGAGUCCUUUAGACACAAUAUCAACUUGACUACAUUUGCCUUUGCAUUGUUUUCCACUUGUUUCAACUUUUGUUUUGCGACACAACUUACAGCUAAGACAUUUCGGUUCUUCCGUAUCAUCUAGUUUCACCAAAUAACUGCUUUCCUAAAAUUUCUCUUUAACACAAAACCAUAAAUUUGAGUUCUGUAUUUUAGGUGAAUACCUAAAUUAUUAUUAAGGAUCUAAUGUUCUUUACAAAAGCAACAAGUUACCCCGAAGUAUGUGUCGGUUUUAGCGUACAUAAUUAUUUUAUUGAAGUUCAUUCUGUUUUUGACACAAAUUGACCAGUCAUUCAUUUUUAGGUACUUUUUGGUAUUGGAUGUUUGCAGCACUCGCCGUAUCCCGCAGCCACUUACAGAAAAUAAUGAGAUGUCAAAUCAUAAUCGGAACAAAUUAGAGACCUUGAGAGAAUGUAGACAGAUGAAGAAAUUGCCAAAGCACAGUGUAGCCUGGAUAAAACAAAAAAAGCAACGUGCCAGGGAUCAAAUGAAAGAAGUUGCUCGUGACUCUAAAUAUACAGGACGCAAGCGUCGUGCUAAGUUUUGACACGGUUUCUCAUUAAUUUCUUUAAAUUUACGACCUGUAUAUUGUGUACUUCGUUUAUAAUCAUCAUGGGAUUUGACUUCAAAGUUGUUCAAUCGAUUCUCCAAUCAAUCUUCUCCAACACCUUCAUGUUUUUUCAUAUCUAAUUGUCAGUGUUAAAAUUGUGAAAACUUUGUAAACAUUUAAUUAUUCGAGUUCCUCCCUCAGAUUUAUUAGUUCGAUUGUAAGUUAAUAUCUUCCAAUACACUAAUUUCAUACUUAAAAAUAUGUGAUAGUUUUCCAAUCAAAAUCGUGUUUUGCAAUUCUCUAAGUGAUUUGUUAGCUAAUGUUUUAUGUAUUUACCGCGUGCAAUCGAAAUCAUUACUUACGUGUUGAUCAUUAAGACUUACAUUGAAUGAUAUAUAAUUUUGAUUGAGUCCGUCUUUCUUGUUACUUGUAACGUUUAAUGACGUAAAAUGAGUGUCCACACUAUGAGUGGCAUGUUCUGAAACGUUUGUUGUACCCUUUACUGUUAUCACUGUUAAUCUUAUAAAGCAAUGUGGAAUAUCUGUAUUUAUUGCGAAUAUUUGAUUUCCAAUAAUGUAUUCAUGAGUUUCUUUGACAAAUUAAAGCGUUAUUCUCAAAUAAUGUCGUUACUAAACUAGUGAAGAAAAAUCAAAGGGAUUAUUAUGAAAAAAUAAGUUUUCGUCAAUGUCUUAAUUAGGGUAUAUAUUUGUUUUCUGUUGGAAUUAACAGGUGAAGUGACCUAGUUUGGUGAGGUGAGAAAAAGAUGUUGACGUUGGCCAAUCCAAUUGGAAAGACUGGUUUAAAGCAGCAGAACGAAGAUUCCGGAACACUCGAUAAUGCGAAUGAUAGUAAAGUUAUUUUUAGUUAUUCAGUUAUACGUAGCAUAGAGCCAUUGCACAUAUAUGUAUCAGGUCGAGCCGCUGUGCUAUAUCAGCAUAGUGAAAUAUCGAGAAAAUACCAGGGUAUUAGAAGUAAAAACAGUUAAUAACUUCAUGAAUUGGUGUUUUGGUUUUGCCUCGCGAUGCUUUCUUACAAUCUACACUUAUAUCAGCUGUCAUUGUGCGUGGACGUGGGCGGUUAUUGGAUAUACGCAAUACAUAUCCUAACUGCUGUAGUUGAUGAAGUACAAUUUAACUGAUCGGUCCGGGUUCUCUACCUAUUACCCUGUGUUCAACCUCGACUUUGUUCACUUGGCAGUUCAACAUACUAGACCAAUACUUCGAGAGCUUCUACGACCAAAUAACGAAAGUCUACUAAUAUCAUUCAUUUUUAAAGGCCAUAUUUCAUGGUCUUAGAGUUAAAAAGAGCUAAGGGCUGCUUGUUAAACUCGUUCUUUGGUUGGCAAUCAGGUAUCUCACAUCAUCCCCCAACCAAGGCUGAUAAGACUUCCAGGAUAUUAGUGAUGAAGCAGGUUGAGAAUCACAGAAGUGUUAAUAAGUAGGGUACGGAAGCAAAGGAUGAAAUCAAUUGGAAAUGUAAUUAGAACACUAAUAUCAAGAUCCCUUCUAUGUAUACAAAAGGUAUUAUUUCA